CCACGCGUGUGCUCGCACGUCAAGGAUAUGCAUGGAUUAUGCACGUGAUUUUCUGUAAAUCAUGAAGAACACCGAAGAACAAAAGAAAUGACUUGGUCUAACUCAACUGAGAUCUAAUAUCCUGUGUAUGUGUGCUUUGACCUCCUAACCCUUGACCUAUUUCGGAACAAGAUGACCGUGGCAUCUUUGGUGUACCCGACAUUCUGUGUCGUCUUGGUGGUCGCCGCAAUAUCCUCAACAUUCUCAGCAUCUACUGCACAUCCACAUAUAGAUCACGUGACAUCGUCAAUAAAUCAUAGUUCUGAGAGUUCUAAUUCUACUGAAUCAAACGAAAACAUCAACCAUACCGAGACCCAUCCCCACGUGGAAGUCUUCGAAAUUCGUUAUCAUGAUAUCAGGGAGCCCUUCCUUUUCACUCUAGUUGUGUUGGUAGCAGCUAUUAGCAAAAUAGGUUUCCAUUACGCCAAUAAACUCUCGUCGAUUGUUCCUGAAUCAUGCCUCCUCUGUAUCGUCGGGACAGUUUUCGGCGCCGUUAUAUUUUUAACAGGAUCUGGUGGGGACUUACGAGCUUUCUUUACCCCGGAUACGUUUUUUAAUUACCUGCUACCUCCAAUCAUCCUCGAGUCAGCAUUUUGUUUGUAUGAUAGAGCAUUUACUGAUAAUAUCGGAACCAUCUUGAUAUUUGCAGUGUUUGGAACAAUAGCAUCCUGUAGUCUUGUUGGACUAUCGUUGAUCGGUCUACAAUCAAUUAAUGCAAUGGAAUAUAUAGCGGCCCCUGUUCAGUUACUGGUUUUCAGUGCCCUAAUCGUAGCUGUUGAUCCCGUCGCUGUCCUUGCUGUGUUCAAUGAAGUUGGAGUCAACAGAGUAUUGUACUUUCUUGUGUUUGGAGAAUCACUCCUUAACGAUGGAGUAACUGUCGUCUUGUACAAUGUCCUACAAGCAUAUAACUUGAUCCUGAAGGAAAGGGCGAUAACUCUAGAGGACAUUCUGCUCGGCGUUGUGAAAUUCUUUGUGGUGUGUUUUGGAGGUCUGGCUGUCGGUCUGGUUGUUGGAGUUCUAUGUUCCCUUUUAACGAAAUACACGAACACUACAAAAGUGAUAGAGCCUGUUGUAAUUUUCGGAAUGGCCUACACCGCCUUUUUGGUAGCGGAGAUGUUUCAUUUUUCUGGGAUCAUUAGUUUAAUUGGAUGCGGUCUGAUACAGAUGGCUUAUUCACUUCCAAACCUCACCAAUAAAUCACAGAUUACCGUCAAGUUCUUUUCUCGUGUCCUCAGCACAACAAGCGAGAUCAUUAUAUUUCUGUUCCUUGGAUUACUGGUUGUCCGUCCUGUCAGCUGGAGUACUGCUUUAACACUGUGGACAGUACUGCUUAUCACCGCCUACAGAUUCCUAGUUGUGUUCUCUUUUUCCUCUCUCAUCAAUCGGUUCGACAGGCACAGCGUUAGGAAAAUCCGUCAUGAUGAAAUGUUCAUUAUGAGCUAUGGUGGUAUCCGCGGGGCAGUCUGUUUCUCCCUUGUCGCUCUCCUCGACAAGGACGCCUUCCCUAUGAAGGAUAUGUUCGUCACAUCAACACUUUUCGUCAUCUUUUUCACCGUCUUUAUUCAGGGUGCGACUAUACGACCUUUUGUUACAUUGUUAAGAGUUAAACUGGCGUCAAAAUCUGUAGAAACAUCACUAGUUGAGGAAUUAAUGAGUCAUGUAAACGAUCACGUGAUGGCCGGUAUUGAAUUAAUAAUAGGGAAUGAAGGCAGAAACUCUAUGAGGGAAUGGUUCUACCAUUGGGAUGAGAAAUAUAUCCGUUCUAUCUUACUGAGAGACCACGACCUGAACGAGGUCCAGUACGAGAUUCUUCAGUGUUACGAGAAACUUGUCAUGAAGGAACAUUACAAAAAUCUACAUAUGAGUGGCGCGAAGAAUCUCCCCAAGGCUGCAGACACACUGAGGAACGUAGACAGCUCAGCUAUCAUUCGACAAAUACGACGAAAUAGCAUCUUGCCAGUUGACACAUUACACGAAGUGGAAGAGGAUGAAACAGAAUCUGAUAACUCCAGUGUGAAAUUCACGUUAGACCCUGCUCCUUCCUCGCCGAUGGAGUUACGAAAGUUCCUAGAUAAAAAUGCCCACCAGAGGAGACCAAGUUUAACACAAAAUAUUUUUGGAUUUAACAAGGCAUCAGGGUUAAAGAUGGAGGACCGUCGGAAAAUCCGGCGUCCAAGUAUAACAAUGCUUGAACAACAGUGGGCAAACAAACGACAAACUAAUAUAAGGCUACAAAGUACAACAUUUAUGAGAAUUAAAUGGGAACGCCCAAAGUCAUGGUCAGAGGAGGAUGCUGUGAUAGCCCAACAGAGAGGGAGUAAGGAGAUCGUACCUGAACAGCGCAGACGCGCCAUGACUGUUGACCCUACUUCCGGUCGGAAUACUCGCCCACGAUUGCACGACCUUAAAACAAAACCAAUUAUGGAGUCGGUGGAUGAACAUGUUACUAUAGAAACGGAUAACUCAUCGGAAGCGGACCCACUAUUAGCUACUGAAAGAGUACUAGAGAUGGUCGACAAGGGAGACAAUUCGUUGGUUAGUAAUGAACUGAAUAAGAAAUCAAAUGAGCGUUUAGAAGAAAAUGAAUUAAAUGCAGGGCAGUUAAAUGAGAGAAAAGAUGAAGAGAAUGUUAUUUUGUUUGAAACCAGAUCAGGAUCCAAUGAAUCGCAUGUGUAUUUAAAACGACAGAAUGCUGUAUUUGGAGAAGAAAACUCACCAAUGAAUGACACGAGUUACUACGAAGAUGAAACAAAGCAGUGAUUUUUAAUUGCAGUAAUUAAAACUAAGAUUUUGGAAUUACCAUCAUUCCUUAAAUAACUAAUUGUAUAAUUAUAACUAAAAUAGAUGUUCAUUGGUAUUAUUUAUACAUGUUGCCUGCAGAGCUUGUUUUUAUUUGUUUGUUGAUAUUUAUAGUUUAUUUAUAGUUUAUGAAAUGGACUUAAAUACUGCAGGGCAGUGUUUGUAUAAAUGUUGUGUCAAAUAAGCCUUACUUGCUGUCAAUGUCAUCCACCCUAUUACAUCAACGGGCUACCACAACAAAAAUGGAGGACAUGUGACGUUUUGGUGCACUACGAUGAGUAACUCUGGCUUAUAUUAAGCCUAUUGUUUUAAUUGUAUGAAGUAGAUAAUAUGUCGAUCUAGAAUAAAUACUUUAUUUAGCUGAGUAUUUCUUUAAGAUAUUGUCAUAUGAAUAAGUUUAGGAUGCCAAUCAGAUAUUUCAAGGAAAAUUUGCUUUGUAGACUGUUUUUCAACCUCUGAACACGCGGGUAUUUCUCAGUAGUUUAAAUUUCUCGGUACCGUAUUAUAUAUGUAGUUCCCAGAUAAAAUAUGUGAUUAUUCUAGAUAUGAAUAAUUAUAUUGUUAAGCCAUAAAAAAACAAUAUAGUUUAUUUAUAGUUUAUCGAAUGGACUUAAAUGCUGCAGGGCAGUGUUUGUAUAAAUGUUGUGCUGUAUAUAUCAAAUAAAUCUUCCUUAUUGUCAAUGUCAUCCAACCUAUUUAUCACUUUUGUCAUAGCCAUAUGUUUCAUGGCAGCUGGAUCAAACUUUUAUCGUAUCAUACAGGCUUAUAACAAAACACAAAUGGAGGACAUGUGACGUUUUGGUGCACAACGAUGAGUAACUCUGGCUUAUAUUAAGCCUUCAUUUUUUUUUUGUGUGACUUAAGAUGAUAUGUCGAUCUAGGAUAAAUACAUUAUUUAGCUGGGUAUGUUUAAGAUAUCAAAAUAUACAUUUUAAGGAAAAUUUGGUUUGUAGAUAAGAAAGGUUUUUAAGCUGUGAACACGCGGGUAUUUCUCAGUAGUUUAAAUUUCUCGGUACCGUAUUUUAUAUGAAGUUUCCAAAUAAAAAGUGCAAUUAUUCUAGAUCUGAAAAGUUGCAUCACCAAGUCAUAAAAAAUCAAUAUGCUGAAUAUUAUCGAACGAGAGUUUGCUCGUUUUUCUCUCUUUUCCUUUUUUUAAAAUUUGGUAUACGUGUCAGACGAUUUAAGUAUGAUUCCACUAUUAUAUGUAAGAAUGUGUGAAUGGUACAAUUGUUUCAGCUGUAAUUUUAUAACAUUUGAGCGUCACACAUAAUGGGAAUAUUGCCAUUUAUAUUUCAUUACAGUUUUCAAAAUGUUGCUUUCACAUAUCAAUUUAUUGUGUAAAAUAAGUUGCAAUACGGCCAAGCGCACCUUGUUUCUAUAUAAAAUCGCGGUCACAUCGCUCCAAAACAACCAGUUUCUGAUUUGUUUUUCAUGAACAUAUCAUGUUUGAGCCGAGUUACACAGUGGUAGCACAAAAGCACCUAGACGACCGGGGUUCGAUUCCCAGAUCGGACGUGAAAAGAAAUGGGGUCACUUGCAUGACCACAUAGGCUUUUCCUGUGCUCCCACGGCAAGACCCCUCUCAUGCGUUCAUCAGAGCCAGCAAAAUUGAUAUAUAUAUAAAUUGGUAUAGAUUGUUUCGCAAUUCUGGUAAAAUAAAGCCUAUAUUUAUGUAAAAGAAACGGGUCGAUA